ACGCAGAUCCCAACUACACCUCCUAUACAUUGGCUUUCCUGCCUUGCCUGUUUGCCCCGACUCCACCCGCAUACAGCCGCCAUGUCUGUCGAGGAGGGCACGCAUACCCUCGCCGAUGGCAAGAAGUUGUUCACCAAGACCUUCAGGACCGACGGGCCCCCCAAGGCAAGACUGGUUUUUAUCCAUGGCUUCUCAGAUGUACGUUGCAGCAAAGUAAACACUUAUGCCGACUUUUUCCCCGGACUCGCUGCCAAAGGCAUCGAGGUCUAUACCUUUGACCAGAGAGGAUGGGGCCAAUCCGUGUCGAAGCCGUCUGAGCGAGGCGACACGGGUCCAACUGAGCAGGUUCUCGACGACAUUACUUCCUUCAUCAAGACAGUUAUUAGUACUCCCAGCCCAGUGCCCCUUUUUAUGAUGGGCCACUCCAUGGGCGGAGGCCAGACGCUGUGCUAUGCGGCCCGUGGCCCUGACGAGGUCCGCAAGCACAUUCGUGGCUACCUCCUCGAGUCACCCUUUGUUGACUUUGACCCCAAAUCCAAGCCGUCUGCCGUUACUGUCUUCUUUGGCAGGCUGGCUGGGAAAGUGGCGGGCAAACGCCAGAUGGUCAACAAGCUGGACUCGAAGCUCAUAUCACGCGACCCAGCAGUCUGCAAGCGAUUUGAGGAGGACCCGCUUUGCCACGACACAGGCACUCUCGAGGGCCUCGCAGGGCUGCUUGAUCGCACCAAUGCUCUAUCCAGCGGAAAGAUUGUGAUUCCCGACAAUGCUGGGGAAGGUGGCGUGACGAGAAUUUGGAUUGGGCAUGGGGACAAGGACGGCAUCACUAGCCACGCGGCGUCGAAGCGACUAUUUGAUGCCUUGCAAGUCAAGGACAAGGAGUUCAAGUCAUAUCUUGGGCAUUACCAUCGCCUGCAUGAGGAGCCUAGUCCUGAUAAAGAAGCGUUCCUAGACGACGUGGUGAACUGGAUCCUGGCCCGGUGCACGGACGCAGCCGGAGUAGAUGGCGCAAAGCCAAGGCUAUGAUGCGCAGUCGGAGCUUUUGAAGACGAUGGCGGGCAAGCUGGCGGGGCGAUGCAACCGCGGGAGAGCUGUUUCGAAGAGCGGAAGGGUAGCACUAGGUGCAUACGCAUGUACUUGGACGUGCAUGGACGUACAGUGAGUGUAUGUAUGUACGUAUGCUGAUACGUGUCUUUGGUGGUACAUUUGCGCCGCGAAAACUACUCGGGCCAUCCAUGUCUCUGCAGGAAUGCCGACGGGUUGGUACUGGUACGUGUCAUAAUGCCAUAUGUAUAUCAAUUGAAUUGC